CACAUCAGCGAUAGCAAUCGCUAGCAUAACUGAGCUAAGUGUCUAUAGAUCGAUAAUGUCAACCUUGCCUUAGUUUCGAGAUAAGCCCUGCAAAUAAACUCAAUAAUUGCUAUCGAAAAUGCUGUUUAUUACAUCUUUGAAUUUCCUCGCCAUCAAAAAGAACAUCUGUAUUCAGUUUUGCUGCUGUACCCAUUUCCCAUUACCCAUUACCCAUUUACCCCACAAAAAUCAUGCAUCAAAACCGUUUGAGCUGAUUCAUAUGGCUAGUCUUGAAUCGACAACAGCUAAAGUAAAACAUUCCAGCAGUAGCUCGUAUGUAUGUAUGGUUCCCCCAUCGGUAGCAAGGUCCUGCCUAUGUCUGUGUGGCUUGGCCUUCGAAUUUCUUCUAGGGCUUCCACGGUCCGAUGGUUCGUCGAAGGAAGGCAUCCAACCCUCAGAAACUUACAAUGGCCGGCUACCCGUGCCGCUUGCAAUAGCUUCUUCAGGUUAUCCCUAGAUGCUUUCGUUCUAAAAAUAUAUAAUUCACAUAUAGUUUGAUCUGUUUUGCAAGGAUUUUUUUUAAAAUGUAAAAUAUGAGCAUAUAAUGUGUUGUUACAUGAAAGAUGAUAACAAGUGUUAUGAUUUUUUUUAAAGGAUACAAUAAUGUUUUACGCAAGUAGCACAGCAGAGUGAACUUAAACCAUCAAAGAAGGAUCAGCAGAUAUUUAUAAAAUAGUUGGAGAAUACAUUAUUCGGCAACACUGGCUGAAAUGAACAGUUAAACUCUAAAUAGUGCUUUUGAUUCUCGCCACUGUAGAUUUAUAGGCUCUACUUCCAAUUUUUUCAAGGAGUACAGAGAGAGAGCGAGAGAGAAGUGUAAUGGAACGAACUCACCAAAUUCCUUUCCAAUAUAGUACUGGAUGGCCACAAUCCAUAACCUGCUUGGAUCUCAUUAAACUUGGGUUUUUUUUAAUUCUGGAACAAACCGAUCUCGCCAAAGAUCAUCUUCAGCCACAAAACUCGAGCACAAAAGAAAUCACUUCAUGUAAAAAUGUCAUUUUUUCCAAUCACAAGCCCCCUCUGACACAAUGUUUUUUCUUUCUUCGGAACACCUCUAUAACGAUCCUCUAAGUCCUCUGAUUUCACUUUGCACAAACCACACAUGCACAUUUAAACCAUCAACCAAGAUUUCAUCGCAAAACAACACAAAACCUCUUCUACUUCUCGCUGAUUGUUUCACGCAUCCUAAUCCAAGCAAGCAAAGAAAUUCGACCAACCGCGCCACUCCACCAUUUUCGCGAUUUUCCCUCAAGCAGAUCCGCCACGCAAUUCAUAUUCAUUUUCGCACUAGAACGCAAUGCACAUCGGUACCUUGAUCAAACUGUUAAAGCCCCAUAAAUCGUUGAAAGGGAUGAAUCAUCCGCGAGGAUGAAAAUCCCGGAAAAAAGAAAACAACACCAACCCAUAAAUCGUUCAAAAACAACAGGCUCUGCAAAUUCCAGGAAAAGAAACACUUUUAAGAAGCCAUUUUUCUUUUUUAAAUGAUUUCUAUCGCAACUGUGAGAGAAGCAGCAGCACAGUUUGUAAGACACGUAUGCUCAGGACGAGAGCGCGCGACGAACUGUUAAACAUUCCAGCAGUAGCUCGUCCAUAUAAAGAUAUUUCUUCUACCUUUAAAAUGAAAGAAACUAACUUCCCAGGGCUCAUAAGCAGUAAAAACUGGCAAAUAUUUGAGCUUUCGAAUCGGCCGGGACUAAUCAUCAUCAGUAAUCCAUUCACUGUGUGCGCUCAACGUUACUGGAUGUACCGAAGUGUUGCUGACUACAGCAAACAUCCGAACCGAACGAACUUGCCGCAAAAUUUCAUCGAUAAGUACUCAUCUUACAGCCCCAACUCCCUUCCGGGAGAGUCGGGAACAAGUCCCUUCGAUUGGUGGGAAGUUACCCAAGCGAUCGAAGAUCCGCAAGAACGUGUCAAAGCGCAGAAAGCUCUCCGUUGGACAACUUUGGGAUAUCACUACGACUGGGACAACAAGGUGUACGAAGAAGCCGCCAGGGACGAAUUUCCAUCCGAUCUGGGACGUCUGUGUUGUCACUUUGCGCGAGCGUUAGGUUUUUUGGAUUUCCGAGCCGAAGCAGCUAUCGUUAACUACUAUCCGAUAGGAAGCACAUUGGCAGGGCAUACAGAUCAUUCGGAGAAGAAUCUGGACGCGCCGCUGUUUUCGUUCAGUUUUGGCCAAUCGGCCAUCUUCCUGAUAGGCGGUCCCACCAAGGACGAGCGACCGGAUGCCCUGUUGCUGAGGAGCGGAGAUGUGGUCGUUAUGACCCGGGCUAGCCGCCUGUGCUAUCAUGCGGUGCCGAGAGUUUUUCACUUGCACGAAUCGACAGCCGAACGAUGGGAACCGGCAACGGAACCGGAAGAGGACUGUGGUAGCGCAGCCGAGAGCAACUACGGUAUAUCAUCGGCAGUUUGGAACAAUUGUAGACCACAGCAGCGAGAAACGGGCGGAGUUGUCGAUGGGUGGUGGAAUGCUAUCGCUGAUUACAUUGGUAAUAGCCGAAUCAACAUCAAUAUUAGACAAGUUUUAAAUGAGGGAGAAAAUCAUUUGUAAAUGAGUGUGUUCGUCCGUGUUCGGUGGCUGAUUAAAAAAGAAGGAAUGU